UUUGUAUAUUAUAUGUUUAGAGGAAAAAACCUUCGUCUUUAUAACUUCAAUUUAUACCAAAAAUUAAAUUACAGGAAGUUGUCCUGUAAUUGCCUUAACUGCUGUAAAUGUCUUAACUACUGUAAUUUUUCACACAUAUGCGUAAUUUAUGGAAGUGAUUUUCAUCGACAUUGGGUUAAUUAGUAAAUUAGCAAAUAAUGGAAUUUAAGCUACUUCUAUUAUUCGCACAAAACCUUCCCAUUUAACUUUAAUGCAGUACAUCAACAAAUUGGUGAAAAAGAUUAAAUCUUCUGAGGAGACAUGGAGAACAAAGGCUGGAAAAUUGCAAGCAAAACUAAAUAAAGCAAGAAGGGAAAUCAUUUUAUUGCAGCUAAAAAAUGCUAAGUUAGAUUCAAACCCAUCUGAAAUGGAUAUAGAUUUUUUUGUUAAUAGUUCUAAAGAUUCACAAAAAAGCUAUAACAUUGAUAUAGUACCAGUAAGAUUGAAAAUAAAAGAAGAAAAAUAUAAAUGCUGUGAUCAAUUUUUAAUGGCUGUUACAUCCAUUUCCAACUGGUAUGAUACCUUAAAAAAAGAUGAAAGUUAUUUGGAAGUUAUUAUGGUUAACUUAAAGCAAUGUAUUAAAGACUUAGAAAAAAGUUUGCAAAAUAUAUCUUGUAAUAAUCAUACUGUCAAAGCAUUAGAAAGUUGUAUGAAGAAUAUUGUAGAGUUUUUACAAAAUGAAAAGUUUAGUAAUGACAAUGAGUUAAUUAAAAAUUGCUCACAUUUGGGUGAAGUUAUUAUAGCAAAGAUUAUGAAUAGUGAUGAGUAUACAGUUAAAGAACAGCUAAGUGUUUUGUUAUUGGAGUUAUCUUCAAGUUGUCAAAAUGUGCGUGAUAGUUGUUAUGACAGUUUAGUUAAAGUUAUUUGUGGUUAUUCUAUGCUGCUUAAAGAUUUGUCAAGCUUCUACUCCUUGGACUGUAAAAAGUACAACAGUAUGUUUUAUAUUUGCAAUACUUUACGAGUACUUUCUUUUUCUACUCUUUCGAAAUGGAAUAAUCGAUUUCUUGGUGAAUACUCGUGUAAUUUAGAUAGCGACUUGUUUAAAAUUGCUAAAACAUUUCCAAUGUAUUCGCACGCUGUUUGGAAUUUAAGUUCAAUCAUGGCAGAUGUUCAUUCUAUGGAUGCAUUUCAAUAACGAAACAUUGAACAAGAAGCAAUAGACAUGUUCCGAAUUUUAAAAAUCAAAUUUAAAUUUUUCAUAACUAUUUCUUGCUUGUAAAAUAUUUGUUUUGUAGUCUAUUAAGUAAUAAGUUAAUAUUUUCA